AUGAAUAAUCUAAAGCUCUCUUUUAGAAGUUCAUUAAAGCAAAAUCAAUUUUUUACUGAUUAACUUCCAAUGCUAACAUUUUUUUAUGAAAGAGUUUGUAUAUUUGGAUCAAUAAGUGCAGUAAUUAUUUUCUCAUUAGAAUUUAUAUACCCAAUUGGAUUUGGCAAUAGCAAAUAUCUAAUAAUAUGUUUACCUUUAAUAUUUUUAAUGUCUUUUAGAUUAAUCAAAAAAUACCCAGAAUUAUUUAAUUACAUUUUACCCUUCAAUAAUCUUUUAGUUGGGUUACUCUAUAAUAUAAACCUUUUAUUUAAUUUUUUACCUGAUGUAAAUUCUAUGAUUGCAUAAACAGUUGUUUUAGUGCAAUUUAGCUUACUUUUGGGCUCAAACUUUUUGUUAAAUCUGGCAAUUAUAAUAUUUAACUUUUCUACUUUAAUCUUGGUUUAAACUAUACUUCAGAACUCAUUUAACGGAAAUUAAGUUAUGUUUAUAUUAGGUAAUAAAAUUUUAAAUAAUUUCAGCUCUUAUUUUGUCUUGUCUGUCGUAUUAUUCAAAUGAAUAUCAAAAAAGAGAGUUUUUCUUGUUAAAAUAAAGAGAUGAUAUGUAAUUUGGUAGUUUAAUAGAACAAUUUAGUAUAUAAUUUAUGAAGGUUAAGUAUGAUAAAAGAACAAAUUUCAUUAAAUUAGAAUCCUAAAAUCAAACUUCAACAGGAUUUUACUUUUCUAAUUAAGAAAAGUUUCGAUAAUUUAUCAGAUAAAUCUAAAUUCCAAAAUAUCAAAGGAAUAAUUUGAUUUAAUCCAAAAUUUCAUUUUCAAGAUUAAGAAAUGAUUAUUAACAAUUAAACUCUUAACCUAAAUUAAGUAGAUUAUCAUUUCCAACUUUAGAAAGUUCAGAAACUCUUGAGUAAUUGCUUCAUAAAUCAUUUACUAAUCAAUAAACUGAUAAUUUUAGUUUUUUACAAGGUUAUGAUACUACAACAAAAUGUGACUAUAAAAUAAAAAUCUUAUAUAUUAUUGAAAAAGGAGAAACAAAAGCUAUUGUAUUACUUUAAUAAAAUGAAGUAAGAAGACAAUUAAUUAAAGCAAAAUAAUAGAGAGAUUGUUUAAAGAAGAUAAUCUCUUAAUUUCAAUCCAUAUUUGAGAUUCGGAUAAAAUAAUUAAGUUCACUUUUAAAUCAAAAAAGAUAUCUUUCUUAAGCUACAUUAUUCUCUGAAACAUCAUUUCGUUUAGUUCAAUUCAUUUCAGAGUAUUUUUCAAUAUGUUUAAAUAAAAAUGAUAUACCUAAAUUGAAAAUUUCAAAAAUAAAAAUACAUUAAUUAUUAGAAUAAAUAGAAAAUCCUAUUAGAGAUUAUUUAAAUUAUAAAUAGAUUAAAUUUUAAUAUUCUACGGAUUAAAAUUUAGUAAUUACAAAUGAUGCUUAUUUGAUUACACAUUUAAUACUAAGUCUAUUAUGUUUCCUAAUUUAAAAAUGUCCAAUAUAAAUUAAUUUAUUUAUAAAAUAGUCUAAGGAAUAAAAAUAAUAUCAAGUAGGAAAUGUAGAUGAAAUCAUAAUUUAAAUAUGUGGACAAUUUUAAGGUUCUCCAAAAAGAGUAUUUGAAAUAGAUUGCUUUAAUUAAAUGAUAAAAAAAGUAAUAAAGAUUAUUGGUCCAAUUGGAUAAUUAAUAAAUGAAUUUAAAACUAAUUAGCUUGGUUAGGAAAUAAAGUUUGAGUGUGUCAUUUUUAAGAAUUUAAACUCUUUUAAAGACAUAUUUAAAAAAAUCUGA